CUGUAAAUACAUAUACACAUACAUACAUUUUUUUCUUUUUGUGUCAUUGUGCGUUCCAAAACCAAAAUCACAUUUCUGCGAUGCAUUUGCAUUGCAAAUUAUAGAACAAGAAUGAGAUGUUUUUGUGUGGCGAAAAGGCAAUAACAAUGAUAACAAUGAAUUGAUGUAUAUAAGUUGCAUAACGUACGUCGUCGGGCUCCGUCUAUGUAUAUGUCCCUCGUUGAGCAGUCGUAAUUUCGAGAAAACCACACACAUACGCUCAUAAAACGCCAUCAAAACAGCAAAAAAGUAGAAAAGCAGUUUUUGAAUGGCGUAAAAGUGUUAAAAAGCAAAACAAAUCGAAAUCAAGUGUGCGUUUUGCUAAGACUUUCAUAGCAAAUGUGUUGUGGCAGCGACAAUAGACGCGCAGCAUUAGCAGCAGCAGCGCAGCGAACGUCAGUCACAUCCAAUACAUUACCAAUACAAUCGCAUCUACCACAGCCGACAAAGAAAAAAGAGACUCUGCUUGUGCUGCUGCUUUUGCAUCUUCUUCUUGUUAAUCGUACAGUUCCUACGUCAACGACAACAAAAACAACCACAACAUUUGACUCAGCUGCCAAGCCAAAACAACUAAAGAAGAAAUCAAAUCAAAUUGCUGUAAAACUGUGUGUUGUCUUGCAUGUGAAAUUAACAAAAAAAGAAGAAGACGUAGUUCACGCGUUUGUUGGUAUUCGUGCGCGUGAGCCAUGAGUCUACCAAGCAGCGCUGCUGCCGCAGCUGCUCUCUCGACUGCAACGGGCAACAUCGGUGCCUCUGCCAGCAGUAACAGCAGCAGCACCAGCAGCAGCACCAACAACAACAACAACAACCUGCCCUUUGAGAAGGAUAAGAUUUGGUACUUCAGCAAUGAGCAGCUGGGCAAUUCGCCAAGUCGUCGCUGCGGUAUUAAAUGCGAUGAUGAGCUGCACUACAGACAAAUGACCGCCUAUCUGAUACAGGAGAUGGGUCAGCGUCUGCAGGUGUCGCAGCUAUGCAUUAAUACCGCAAUUGUUUAUAUGCAUCGCUUCUAUGCGUUCCACUCGUUUACACAUUUCCAUCGCAAUUCCAUGGCAUCGGCCAGCUUGUUUCUGGCCGCUAAGGUAGAGGAGCAGCCGCGCAAGCUGGAGCAUGUGAUAAGGGCGGCCAAUAAGUGCCUGCCACAAACAACCGAACAGACCUAUGCAGAUCUCGCCCAGGAGCUUGUCUUCAAUGAGAACGUACUGCUGCAGACGCUCGGCUUUGAUGUGGCCAUCGAUCAUCCGCACACCCAUGUGGUGCGUACCUGCCAGCUGGUCAAAGCAUGCAAGGAUCUGGCGCAAACCUCCUACUUCUUGGCCUCAAACAGCCUACAUCUGACCUCGAUGUGCCUGCAAUAUCGACCCACUGUGGUUGCCUGCUUCUGCAUUUAUUUGGCCUGCAAAUGGUCACGCUGGGAGAUACCGCAAUCGACUGAGGGCAAGCAUUGGUUCUACUAUGUGGACAAGAGCGUAUCGCUGGAGCUGCUCAAGCAGCUGACGGACGAGUUCAUAGCCAUUUACGAGAAGAGUCCGGCGCGGCUCAAAUCGAAGCUCAACUCGAUUAAGGCAAUUGCACAGGGAGCCAGCAAUCGUACGGCAACUGGUAACAGCAAGGACAACAAGCCGAAAGAAGACUGGAAACUGAGCGAGAUGAUGAAGGGCUAUCAUUCAAAUAUCACAGCGCCGCCAGAGCUGAUGAAUGGAAGCGACAGUCGUGAUUCAUCACAAUCAGCGCUACUGCCACCGCCUGCAAUGGUGCCAUCGCAGCAGCGUCGCAGUGAUGGCAGCCAUCAGCGUUCGUCAUCGGUGGGCGGUGUCCCAGGUAAUUCGUCCUCUUCUACCUCCUCAUCUUCAUCGAAUCACAAGUUGCCAAAUUAUCCAGGCGCACUGCCGCCCGAGGCACAUGGAGACCACAAAUCGAAGCAACCCGGCUAUAGCAGUCGUGCGCCGUCUGGCCAUCAGUCGAGCUCGUCGUCAUCGGCGCAACGUAGCAGCAGCAGCAGCUCCUCAACAAGCAGCAGUCAACGCAGCUCCUCGAGUCAACCGUCUGGUCGGCCACCCAUGCCUAUGGACUAUCACAAAUCAUCGCGUGGCAUGCCGCCCGUUGGCAUGCAGCCGCAUGGUGGUCACAAGAUGUCCACAAGUUCCAAGCCACAGCAGCAACCGCCUCCGCUUUUAGACAGUCGCGGCAACAGCAACACUUCAUCAUCCGCCUCCAAUGCAUCAGCAGCAGCCAAAGAUGUCAGCAAGUCGUCGUCGUCGUCGUCGAAUAGCAGCAGCAAAAUGUAUCCUAAUGCACCGCCGUCGUACGGCAGUAGCGGACCCAGCAGCAAUCCGCUAAUGUCUCGUGGCGGCUACCCUGCGCCGCCUGCUGGCUAUGGCUCGCACGGCUCGCAUCGCAAUAAAUCCGUCUCGUCAUCAAGCUCAUCGUCAUCCGUCCACAGCAUGCCGCCUUACGAGCAGCAGCUGCCCUAUGGCCAGAGCCAGGCAGUGCCCAACUACAAUCAUAUGCAACCGCAGUCACAGCCCCAACCUCCGCUCGAGUCGCAACAACUCAGCAAAAACAAUUCGCUUUUCAGUCCGGAAUGGAGCGACAUCAAGAAGGAGCCACAAUUCAAUGGGUUGUUGCCACCGCCACCAGGACCUGCACACGAGAGUCUGGGCUAUAAGCUGAACAAUCAUGCGCGAGAUCGGGACAGCCCCAAGAAGGAUCGUUUGACACCCACCAAAAAGGAUAAGCAUCGCAACACGUUGCCACACGGCGGUGCAAACUCAGGCAGUACCAGCAGCAGCAGCAGCAGCUCGACUAAGCCCAUGCUGCCGCCGCACAAGAAGAGCCACAGCGACCUCCUAACCAAUGAUUCCAGUCGCGAUAUUGGCAGUUUGAAGCGCGCCAACGAAAUCUCCGGCAGUCAAUAUGGGCUCAAUAAAUUGGACGAUCAUGAUACCGGCAGCAUGCCACGAGACAAGGUGCGUAAGCUAGACAAUAGCAUUGGACUGCCUGGCUAUUCCAGCUACUCCGAAGAAAACAAACAUGCGCCGUUGUCCAUGUCGAACGGUGGAAUUGAGACAACGCCCGAUUUGGUGCGCACGCUGCUCAAGGAAAGCCUCUGCACAACCAAUGGCUCGCUGCUGAAGCCCGACGCAUUGACCAUGCCUGGGCUUAAGCCGCCAGCGGAGCUGUUGGAACCGAUGCCGCCAACAACGCAACUACACAUGAAAAAAGAAUCGCUGAGUGCACCCACAAAUCUCUUGUCCAACAGCUUGUCAGCAGCGCCUGCCAUGGAGCUGGAUGCACUGACUAAGCUGGGCGAUGGCAAAGAUGUCGAGGGUGCUGGCAAGUCGGAGAAGAAAAAGAAGAAAGACAAGCAUAAACACAAGGAGAAGGACAAGUCAAAGGACAAGCCCGACAAGGAGGAGCGUAAGAAACACAAAAAGGACAAGCAGAAGGAGCGCAGCAGCAAGGACACGUCCAUGGACUCGCUCAAGCUGGUCAUCAAGACCGCCGCGAAUCCUAACGGCAGUCUCCAAGUGGGCGCCGCAGCGCCGCUCAAGCUGAAGAUCAGUAAGAACAAGGUGGAGCCGAAUAACUAUUCAACCGGAGCUGGACUAUUGCCAAUGUCGACAGCGUCUGGAUUUGGCAUUGCGCCACCGGUGCAGGGGAUAACGACUACAGCUGGAUUGCCUGGUCAACAGCUGGGGAUACCGGGGUAUGGCGGCUACAGCUCCUCGAACAGCACCAACAGCAGCAGCAGCAGCGGCGGCGGUGGUAACACUAGCAAAAAGAAGCACAGCGAUCGGGAUCGGGACAAGGAGAGUAAGAAGAGCAAAACUCAAGACUAUGCCAAGUACAAUGGAGUCUCUGGCGGCAGUGGUGGUGGCGUCUAUGCGCCUCUAGGCGGUGCUGGCGCCGCGUCUAAUACGCAGGCAGCCGUAGCCAGCUUGCUGGGUCUGCCACCCAAUCUGACGUCCGCGUCGUCAAAUGCUAAUUUGGGUUCCAACUCUGGCGGCUCAGCCACGUCGAUGGUGAUGCCGCCAACAGGCGUGCCCGCUGGCAUUGCACCAACCGCUCUGCCCAUUUACAACAAAAAGUAGUCGUAGUCAGGGUAGCCCCUAAUCCCCCCACAUAACUAUAUAUUCUUUGGAAUCCCCAAGAACUUUACCUUCGAUAUAGUUUAUAUGUAAUAUGUAACACGGUAGUCGUAAUUGUUGGUGAGAUGAUGCAUUAGUUGGCUAAAUUAUUAAUUGAACUAUAUUUUAGUUAAGCCCAAAUACCACACACAAUUAAAUCGCAAUCGCAAUUGCGGCCGAAACUCUUUCGGCUAGUUGUGUUCAUAAUGAUAAUCAACGGAAUGAAAAACUCGGAAGGCAACAAAACUACAAAAAACGUCUGUACAGCAUUAAUUAAUUUGUAAUUAUAACACACACACACACACACCCGCAUACACUCACACACACAUGUAAUUGUAAAAGAAUUCAGAUAUAUUGUAAAAGCAAAGCAAACUCCUUUCGAUUGCAAAUAGAGCGUGAGCACGGCCGUUUAGUCUAUAAGUUAGUAAAUCAAAUACCCAUACCUAUGCAUAAACACACACACAUACACCUGCACACACACACACACACAUACACACUCUCACACAUACAAAUAUA